AUGAGACUGCGCUGGAUGCUGCUGCCAUCAGCUGCUACAGCAAACUGGAGAAGAAGAGCCCCGCAGCAGCUUUUUUGUGGCUUUAAAACAAGCAGCAGCAGCAGCAACAGCAGCAGCAGCAGCAACAACAGCGGCGGUAGCAGCAGCAACAGCAACAACAGCAGCAGCAGCCACAGCAGUAACAGAUGCAGCGGCCACAGCAGCUGCAGCAGCCACAACUGUAACAAAUGCAGCAGCAACGACAGCAGUAGCAGCGUCAGCAAGAGCAGCAGCAGCAGCAGAAGCAGCAGCAACAGCAGCAGCAGCAGCAACAGCAGCAGCAGCAGCAGCAGCAACAGCGAUGGCGCGUGCUGGCUGGGGGUUCCUUAUGGCUUUCAGAGCUGUCUGCUUCAGCAGAAGCAGCAGCAAGCAGCAGCACUAAUAACCUGUGUGAGCUGCCCUUGGGGGCCCCUUCUGGGUUCAAGGCGGCGGUUUGCUGCAGCAGCAGCAGCAGCUGCUGCUGCUGCUGCUGCGGCUGGAGAUGCUGCAGCUGCUGCUGGCAAACCCCCGAAACGCGUGCUGCUGCUGCAUGCAGUUUUGCCGCCGCCGCGGCGCAGGGAACGGGGCUUCCAGCCCAAGUCCCGGCAGGAGGUGGUUUAUGAAGCAGCAGAAAGCGCCAGCCUCAUCAGGGCCGCGGGAAUGGAGCCUAUGGCCUUCCAACCCCAAGAGUCCCUUGACGAGCCUUUUGGAAGUGAUUCUGAGGAGGAAAGCGAUGGCGAAGAACUGCAAAAAAUAUGCAGCUUUUUAAAGACCCACCCCUGCGACUGCGUGCUGCUCAGCAGCAGCAGCAGCAGCAGCAGCGCCAGCAGCAGCAGCAGCAGGGCAAUAACGCAGCACCAGCAGAACCGUCUUGAGCGUUUGUUCACAUCUGCGGUUGCAUCAGCAGCAGCAGAAGCAGCAGCAGCAGCAGCAGCCGCUGCACCUGCUGCGACUGCGUCCGGCCACAGCAGCAGCAGCAGCAGCAGCAGCAGCAGCACCAGCACCAGCACGGGUUCAGGUCUGUCCAUCGCCUGCUUGAAUUAUUUGUCUUCAAUUAUUUCCGGCCCUGGCAAAAUAGACAGGCUCAGCAUCUACAGGGCCACUCGCGUUCUUCCCCAGGAGCCGUGGGUCACGCACCUCACUGCAGUGCUUCAGAAACCCCUCGACCCCGAAGCUGCUCUCAAAACCCUCGCCAAACUCAAGAAGGGCUUCCAGCAGGAUUUGAAGAAAGAGCAUGCAUCGCGGGCCCGCGGGGUGUACGUACACCCGAGGCAGCAAACUGUCUUGGGCCUCGUGGGCUAUUCCAAUGCCGGCAAAACUUCUCUUUUGAACUUCUUCUCUUUUGCUGCUGCUCCUGUGGGGCCCCUCCCCUGCACUACUCUCCACAACUACUCCAAAAGACUCCAAAACCACAAACUACAAUUCCUUAUAAGACACCCAGAGGGGCCCCCAGGGGGGCCCCCAGGGGGGCCCCAAGGGGGGUUUGGGGUUUUGGGAGGUUCGGUGGUUUUUGACAGCGUGGGUUUGAUUGAGGGUUUAUCAGGGUUUGGCGAGGGUUUGGUUUGUGAGGGUUUAGCAGCAGCAGCACGUAGCAGCGACUUGCUGCUGCUUGUGCUGGAUGCUGCUGACCCCCGGAGACUUGCGAGGAGAGAGUUCGUGCUGCAGGCCCUCAGAAAGGCCCUUGGCAGCAGCAGCAGCAGCAGCAGCAGCAGCAGUAGCAGCAGUAGCAGCAGCAGCAGCAGCAGCAGCAGCAGCAGCGACUUGGGGGUUUGCGUGAUAGAAGUGCUGCGGGUGGCGCUGACGGGACUGCACAAGCAGCAAGAGGUCCUCGUGUUCUUCCCCGCCAAAUUUGCUGCUGUUGUUUUGCCCUAUUUGUACAGACACACCACGGUAACAAGCAGCAGCAGCAACAGCAGCAGCAGCAGCAGCAACAGCAGCAGCAGCAGCAGCAACAGCAGCAGCAGCAGCAGCAACAACAGCAGUAGCAACAGCGGCAGCAGCAACAGUAACAGCGGCAGCAGCAACAGUAAUAGCAGCAGCAGUAGUGUAGCAGGACCACCACUAGCAGCAGCAGCACGGGCAAAAACUUAG